CACAAAAUGAACAUAAUUAGGGAAAAUAAGGACCUGGCAUGCUUCUAUACCACCAAGCAUUCAUGGAGAGGAAAGUAUAAACGUGUCUUUUCAGUUGGAACCCAUGCGAUAACUACAUAUAAUCCUAAUACCUUAGAAGUAACAAAUCAGUGGCCUUAUGGAGACAUUUGUAGCAUCAGUCCUGUUGGGAAAGGACAGGGAACUGAAUUCAACCUCACCUUUCGGAAAGGCAGUGGAAAGAAGUCAGAAACGUUAAAAUUUUCUACAGAGCACAGAACAGAACUUCUUACAGAAGCAUUGAGAUUUAGAACUGAUUUUUCAGAAGGAAAAAUCACUGGAAGGAGAUAUAACUGCUACAAGCAUCACUGGAGUGACACGAGAAAGCCUGUGAUCUUGGAAGUGACCCCUGGAGGCUUUGACCAGAUUAACCCUGCCACCAACAGAGUCCUCUGCUCCUACGACUACAGGCACAUUGAGGGCUUCGUCGACCUCUCUGACUACCAGGGGGGCUUCUGUAUACUCUAUGGAGGAUUCAGCAGAUUGCAUUUGUUUGCAUCCGAACAAAGAGAGGAGAUCAUCCGAAGUGCUAUCGACCAUGCCGGCAACUACAUCGGCAUCUCCCUGAGGACCAGGAAGGAGCCCCUGCAGUUCGAGCAGUUCCUCAAUCUGCGCUUUGGCAAGUACAGCACCGAUGAGGCCAUCACGUCCCUUGCCGAGUUCACGGUGCAGAAGAUAUCCCCACGGCACUCGGAACCUGUAAAAAGAGUCCUAGCACUCACAGAAACAUGUCUAGUAGAACGUGAUCCAGCAACAUACAACAUUGCUACCUUGAAGCCACUCGGCGAGGUCUUUGCAUUGGUUUGUGACUCGGAAAAUCCACAACUAUUUACCAUUGAAUUUAUAAAGGGGCAAAUACGAAAAUACUCUUCAACAGAGAGGGAUUCUUUAUUAGCAAGCUUGCUGGAUGGGGUGAGAGCUUCAGGGAACAGAGAUGUCUGUGUGAAGAUGACACCAACCCAGAAGGGCCAGCGGUGGGGGCUGCUGAGCAUGCCCGUGGAGGAAGAGGUGGAGAGCCUUCAUCUCCGCUUCCUGGCCACGCCACCGAAUGGCAACUUUGCAGACUCGGUGUUCCGCUUCAAUGCGAAUAUUUCCUACAGCGGCGUUCUCCACGCAGUGACGCAGGAUGGUCUGUUCUCAGAAAACAAGGAGAAGCUGAUCAACAACGCUAUAACAGCAUUGCUGUCCCAGGAGGGCGAUGUGGUGGCCUCACACGCCGAGCUAGAGAGCCAGUUCCAGGCGGUACGGCGUCUGGUAGCAUCCAAGGCUGGCUUCCAGGCCUUCACGCAGCUGCCAAAGUUCCGGGAGCGUCUUGGAGUGAAGGUAGUGAAGGCUCUCAAGAGGAGCAACAAUGGGGUCAUCCACGCCGCUGUGGACAUGCUCUGUGCCCUCAUGUGUCCCAUGCAUGAUGACUAUGACUUAAGACAAGAACAAUUAAACAAAGCCUCUCUUCUUUCUUCAAAGAAGUUUCUGGAAAACUUACUGGAGAAAUUUAAUUCUCAUGUGGACCAUGGGACUGGUGCGCUGGUCAUCAGUUCCCUGCUGGACUUCCUGACCUUCGCCCUCUGUGCACCAUACAGUGAGACGACGGAAGGGCAGCAGUUUGACAUGCUGCUCGAGAUGGUGGCAUCCAACGGAAGAACACUCUUUAAGCUUUUCCAGCAUCCAUCCAUGGCCAUUGUAAAGGGAGCUGGACUGGUUAUGAAAGCGAUCAUAGAGGAAGGUGACAAAGGGAUUGCCACCAGAAUGCAGGAGCUCGCCCUCAGUGAAGGCGCCUUGCCGCGGCACCUGCACACCGCCAUGUUCACGAUAAGUGCCGAUCAGAGGAUGCUCACGAAUAGACAGCUAAGUAGGCAUUUAGUGGGACUCUGGACGGCCGAUAAUGCAACUGCUGCAAAUUUGUUGAAACGCAUUUUGCCACCAGGCUUGCUAGCUUACUUGGACAGCUCAGACCCAGUCCCUGAGAAGGAUACUGACCGGAUGCAUGUAAGAGAUAACGUGAAGAUCGCAAUGGAUCAGUAUGGAAAGUUCAGUAAAGUUCCUGAGUGGCAAAGACUGGCUGGAAAAGCUGCUAAAGAAGUUGAAAAAUUUGCCAAAGAAAAAGUGGAUCUUGUGCUGAUGCAUUGGAGAGAUAGAAUGGGCAUAGCUCAGAAGGAGAAUAUAACUCAGAAGCCAGUAGUUCUUCGAAAAAGAAGACAAAGAAUAAAAAUAGAAGCAAACUGGGAUCUCUUCUACUAUAGGUUUAGUCAAGACCAUGCCAGAUCAAACCUAAUUUGGAAUUUCAAAACACGAGAAGAACUGAGAGAUACUCUUGAAUCUGAAAUGAGAGCGUUUGCUAUUGAUCGAGAGCUUGGUAGCUCUAAUGUAAUCUCGUGGAAUCACCAUGAAUUUGAGGUUAAAUAUGAGUGCCUGGCGGAGGAAAUCAAAAUUGGAGAUUACUACUUGAGGUUACUGCUGGAGGGCGAUGAGACUGAGGACAGCGGGUCAAUAAUGAAACCGUAUGAAUUUUUCAAUGAGCUCUAUCAUCGUUUUCUGCUCACUCCAAAAGUAAACAUGAAGUGUUUGUGUUUACAAGCCCUUGCUAUUGUUUAUGGCAGAUGUCAUGAAGAAAUUGGACCUUUUACAGAUACGAAAUAUAUUAUUGGAAUGUUAGAAAGGUGUACAGAUAAACUGGAACGGGACAGAUUGAUCCUCUUCCUCAAUAAGUUGAUCCUUAAUAAGAAAAAUGUGAAGGAUCUGAUGGAUUCCAAUGGCGUCCGCAUCCUGGUGGACCUGCUCACCCUCGCUCACCUCCACGUCAGCCGGGCCACCGUCCCACUGCAGAGUAAUGUAAUCGAAGCUGCUCCAGAUAUGAAGAGAGAGGGAGAAAAGGAGUGGUAUUUUGGCAACGCGGACAAAGAGAGGAGUGGCCCGUAUGGAUUUCCUGAGAUGCAAGAAAUGUGGACCAAAGGAAUGUUAAAUGCAAAGACCAGGUGCUGGGCACAAGGCAUGGACGGGUGGCGGCCGCUGCAGUCCAUCCCUCAGCUCAAAUGGUGCCUGCUAGCCAGCGGGCAGGCUGUGCUGAAUGAGACGGACCUCGCCACCCUGGUCCUCAACAUGCUCAUCACCAUGUGCGGCUACUUUCCAAGCCGGGAUCAAGAUAAUGCCAUCAUCCGGCCUUUACCCCGCGUGAAGCGACUCCUGUCAGACGGCACCUGUCUGCCCCACAUUAUUCAGCUGCUGCUGACCUUUGACCCGAUCCUCGUUGAGAAAGUGGCGGUUUUGCUCUAUCACAUUGUGCAGGACAACCCACAGCUACCUCGCCUUUACCUGAGCGGAGUGUUCUUCUUCAUCAUGAUGUACACAGGCUCCAACGUGCUUCCUGUUGCUCGAUUUUUGAAGUACACACAUUCAAAGCAGGCUUUCAAGUCAGAGGAGACAAAAGGCCAAGAUGUUUUUCAGAGAAGUAUACUUGGGCACAUCCUCCCCGAAGCCAUGGUUUGUUACCUAGAAAAUUAUGAGCCGGAGAAGUUUUCUGAGAUUUUUCUUGGAGAAUUUGAUACCCCAGAAGCAAUCUGGAGUAGUGAAAUGAGGCGCCUAAUGAUAGAGAAGAUUGCUGCCCACCUGGCUGACUUCACACCACGUCUGCAGAGUAACACCAGAGCACUUUACCAGUACUGUCCCAUCCCCGUCAUCAGCUAUCCACAGCUGGAGAAUGAACUGUUUUGUAAUAUUUAUUACCUCAAACAGCUUUGUGACACACUCCGGUUUCCAGAUUGGCCAAUUAAAGAUCCGGUUAAGCUUCUAAAAGACACCCUUGAUGCCUGGAAGAAGGAAGUGGAGAAGAAGCCACCGACAAUGUCGCUCGAUGAUGCCUACAAUGUGCUCGGUCUCUCUCAGGCACAGGCCCCGCAUGACGAGAGCAGGGUCCGCAAAGCUUACUUCCGGCUGGCGCAGAAGUACCACCCUGACAAGAACCCGGAAGGGAGAGAUAUGUUUGAAAAAGUAAAUAAAGCCUAUGAAUUUUUAUGUACCAAAUCAGCAAAAAUAGUGGAUGGACCAGAUCCAGAGAAUAUAAUUUUAAUUCUGAAAACACAGAGCAUCCUCUUCAACCGUCACAAAGAAGAUUUACAGCCUUACAAGUAUGCAGGGUAUCCCAUGCUUAUCAGGACCAUAACAAUGGAAACAUCUGAUGACCUCCUUUUCUCCAAAGAAUCCCCGCUGCUGCCCGCAGCCACGGAGCUGGCCUUCCACACGGUCAACUGUUCCGCCCUUAAUGCUGAGGAACUGAGACGGGAACACGGACUGGAGGUGCUGCAAGAGGCGUUUAGUCGGUGUGUAGCUGUCUUGAAUCGCUCGAGUAAACCAAGUGAUAUGUCCGUCCAGGUGUGCGGACACAUCAGCAGGUGCUACAGUGUUGCUGCUCAGUUUGAGGAAUGCCGGGAGAAGAUGACCGAGAUGCCGGGUAUCAUCAAAGAUCUCUGUCGGGUGCUGUAUUUCGGCAAGAAUAUCCCACGAGUGGCCACCCUCGGCGUGGAAUGUGUCAGCUCGUUGGCUGUGGACUUCUGGCUGCAGACCCACCUCUUUCAGGCUGGGAUUCUCUGGCACCUCCUCUGUUAUCUGUUUAAUUAUGACUACACGCUGGAAGAGAGUGGUAUUCAGAAGAAUGAAGAAACCAAUCAGCAGGAAGUAGCCAACAGCCUCGCUAAGCUCAGUGUCCGUGCUUUGAGCCGCCUCGGAGGGUACCUGUCUGAAGACCAGGCCACCCCUGAGAACCCCACCAUCAGGAAAAGCUUGGCCGGCAUGCUCACACCCUAUGUCGCUCGGAAGCUCGCUGUGGUCAGCACUGCUGAGAUCUUGAAGAUGCUUAACAGCAACACAGAGAGCCCUUACUUGAUAUGGAACAAUUCUACGAGAGCAGAACUGCUUGAAUUCCUUGAAUCUCAACAAGAAAACAUGAUCAAGAAAGGUGAUUGUGACAAAACUUAUGGAUCCGAGUUUGUCUACAGUGAUCAUGCCAAAGAACUGAUUGUGGGAGAGAUUUUUGUUCGGGUAUACAAUGAAGUCCCUACGUUCCAGCUGGAGGUUCCGAAGGCGUUUGCUGCGAGCCUGCUGGACUUCAUCGGUUCGCAGGCCCAGUACCUGCACACCUUCAUGGCCAUCACGCACACGGCCAAGGUGGAAUCAGAACAGCAUGGGGACCGCCUUUCCCGGGUGGAGAUGGCCCUGGAGGCGCUGCGGAAUGUCAUCAAGUACAACCCAGGCUCUGAAAGUGAAUGCAUCGGUCACUUUAAGUUACUCUUUUCUCUCCUUCGAGUGCAUGGAGCUGGCCAGGUGCAGCAGCUGGCUCUGGAGGUUGUGAACAUAGUGACAUCCAACCAGGACUGUGUCAACAACAUUGCCGAGUCGAUGGUUCUGCCCACCUUGCUGGCGCUUCUGCACUCCCUCCCGUCGAGUCGUCAGCUUGUCCUGGAGACGCUCUACGCUUUGACGUCAAGUACAAAGAUCAUCAAAGAAGCGAUGGCAAAGGGAGCAUUGAUUUACUUACUGGACAUGUUCUGCAAUUCAACACACCCACAAGUUCGAGCCCAAACAGCAGAACUUUUUGCUAAAAUGACAGCAGAUAAACUAAUAGGGCCAAAGGUGCGGAUCACGUUGAUGAAAUUCUUGCCAAGCGUCUUUAUGGACGCUAUGCGGGACAACCCUGAAGCUGCCGUGCAGAUCUUUGAAGGAACUCACGAGAAUCCUGAGUUAAUCUGGAAUGAUAGUUCCAGAGACAGAGUGUCUACAACGGUCAGGGAGAUGAUGCUAGAGCACUUUAGAAACCAGCGAGACAACCCUGAAGUCAACUGGAAGCUGCCGGAAGAUUUUGCUGUGGUGUUUGGAGAAGCAGAGGGUGAACUUGCCGUCGGCGGCGUCUUCCUGCGCAUCUUUAUCGCACAGCCAGCAUGGGUUCUGAGGAAGCCCAGAGAGUUCCUUGUUGCACUGUUAGAAAAACUAACCGAGCUGCUGGAGAAGAACAGCCCACACGGAGAGACUCUGGAGACGCUGACCACAGCCACAGUGUGCCUCUUCAGCGCACAGCCGCAGCUGGCCGACCAAGUGCCCCCCCUGGGCCACCUGCCCAAAGUGCUCCAGGCCAUGAACCACCGGAACAACGCCAUCCCCAAGAGCGCCAUCCGCGUCGUCCAUGCCCUGUCUGAAAACGAGUUGUGUGUACGAGCCAUGGCGUCGCUAGAGACCAUCGGGCCCUUGAUGAACGGGAUGCGAAGGCGGGCAGACAGCGUGGGUCUCGCCUGUGAAGCCAUCAACCGCAUGUUCCAGAAGGAGCAGAGUGAGCUCGUUGCACAAGCCCUGAAGGCAGAGCUGGUCCCAUACCUCUUAAAACUGCUUGAAGGCAUUGGCUUGGAAGGUCUGGACAGUCCAGCUGCCACCAAGGCUCAGAUCGUUAAAGCUCUCAAGGCCAUGACGCGGAGCCUGCAGUACGGAGAGCAGGUGAAUGAAAUCCUGUCUCGGUCUUCAGUCUGGAGUGCCUUCAAAGAUCAAAAACAUGACUUAUUUAUUUCUGAGUCACAAACAGCAGGAUACCUCACAGGCCCUGGCGUUGCUGGCUACCUUACCGCAGGGACAUCCUCGUCUGUCAUGUCCAACUUGCCACCUCCCGUAGACCAUGAGGCAAGCGACCUUGGCUAUCAGACGUGA